ACCGGCGACGAAAACAUUUCACUCACAGUACUGUUGUAUCUGUCGCAUUACAAGGAUAUAUUUAAUAUUUAUACUGAAAUCCGAAAUACAUAAGAGUGUUGUAAAUAAUAGCUUGUGAUAUUGAAUUGUAUAUCACUAUCUUUGUUAUUCAUUACAUAUGUGAAUUGUCGAAAAAAUCAUAAUUACUGUGGAAGAAAAAAUAAAUAAUAGGAAUAGUUCAGCUGCCUAUGAAUCACUUAGUUUCAAAGGCAAAUAGUAAGCUCAAAGUGAACAAAGGGCAUUAGAACGCAGAGUAAAAGAAAAUGGCCUGGACGAAAUAUCAAAUUAUACUGGCGUUUACCCUCGUGAUAACUGGAUCAAUCAACACCCUCAGCACCAAAUGGGCGGACUACAUCAAGUCGGAAAGCUCCGAUGGCCAAAUUCGGCCAUUUGAGCAUCCAUUUGUUCAAGCUUGUGCCAUGUUCAUGGGCGAGUUCCUUUGUCUGGUGACAUUCAAGGCUCUUUAUUAUCACUUUCGCAGAAAAAAUGAUGGUACGGAGGAUCGUCAUGAUCUCGUAAAAGGCAAUCGGAACUUCAGUCCGUUUAUUUUAUUUGUGCCGGCUAUGUGCGAUAUGAUUGCCACUUCAAUCAUGUAUGUUGGAUUAAAUCUGACCUAUGCUUCCAGUUUCCAAAUGCUACGUGGUUCGGUCAUCAUAUUCGUAGGCGUUUUAAGCGUAGCUUUUUUGAAUAGAAAUUUAGUGAGCCGAGAAUGGAUUGGAAUAUUGUUUAUCAUAAUGGGAUUAGCUGUAGUAGGUCUCUCUGACUUCAUGUCCGAUGACGGUAAUGAUUCAUCAUACAGCAAGAACAAUGUCAUCACCGGUGAUUUGCUAAUUAUCCUGGCCCAAAUUAUUACCGCCGUACAGAUGGUAUACGAAGAACGUUACGUGGCUGGACUGGAUAUCCCUGCUCUGCAGGCUGUUGGAUGGGAAGGAUUCUUCGGUUUUAGUGUUCUUGGAACGCUGUUGAUCCCUAUGUACUUUAUUACCGUUGGGCCUCCCUUCAACGACAACCCGCGCGGAGUAUUGGAAGAUGUAUUGGAUGCCCUUGUGCAAAUGAAAAACAAUUAUCACCUCAUCAUGGCUAUUAUCGGAACCAUUGUUUCGAUAGCGUUUUUCAAUUUUGCUGGCAUUAGCGUCACCAAGGAAAUAUCUGCUACCACUCGAAUGGUACUUGACUCUGUACGAACCUUGGUCAUCUGGAUUGUUUCUUUGAAGCUACAAUGGCAACAGUUUCAUUAUUUGCAAAUUUUUGGCUUUGGUGCACUCUUGUUCGGUAUGUGUUUGUAUAACAAUAUCCUCAUUCUGCAAACAUACGACCGACUGUAUAAUUUACUCGCCCGAAGACGUGAAAAUGAUGGACAAGCUGACCCCAUUGUUAACAGACGUGCAGAUGAGCCGGAUUGUUAGACUGAAUGUUAAAUGCUUCUAAAGUGAUAACUUAUUCAUAUUUUAGCAUGUAAGUAAAGUAUAUUUGGGAGAAAUUAGUGUAAUUUUGAAUCUAGAAUAUAUUAUGUUUGUCCCAAAAUGUUCAAAUGUCAACUUAUUUUUGAUUUAUGUUCUCAAAUAUUUGGAAUAAUAAAAAAGUAAAACUAA